GCAAAAAAAUGAGCACCUGCACCGAACUCUGCCAGAAACUCAAUAGAGUCCAACUGCAACAUGCACAACUUCCUUCGCACGAUGAGCUGCUUGCACAGCUUCCUCCUCUAGACAGCGAUGGCGGCUGGUGCCUCGGCACGUGGUGUCAGCUACAGCAACGCCAACAAUGCGCAUUCUGCAAGCUGGUAGUCGACGCUGUACUUGGCAGCGUUAAAAAGACGCACGACGAGGAUAUCGACUCUAAUCAAGCAAUCAGUGUUCUAGUCUUUCCAGACGAGCAGUCAUUCCGGUUAUCGUACCCCUCUCGACUAGGUACGAGAAUAGCCUUCGUGGCCGAAAACGCAGCUCAAGCAAGAGGCCCAGAUACCGCUCGAGCACUGCCCGGGGCCGGGAUAGAUAUAUCGAGAUUGAAUUCAUGGCUACAAGUUUGCUGUGAUAAUCACGGAGCUUGUCAACAGCAUCAAAUCGAGACGAAAGACGAGGUAGUAGUCAGAGAUAGAAACUUCUCGUCUAGCUUCAACGAAAACGCGACGUCCAAUUUCCGUGUCAUCGAUGUCGAAUCUGGCUGCAUUCGAAGGGUCGCCUUGGAUGUCAGAUAUGUCACAUUGAGUUAUGUGUGGGGCGCGCUACCGAUGCUAAAGCUUCAGAAGAGUAAUUUCGAAACUCUUUCCCAGGACCGUGGCUUAGACGGUGUUCUUAAAGACCUACCUAACACAGUCAGUGAUGCAAUUAAGCUUGUCAAAGCUCUGGGGCAGCGGUAUCUAUGGGUCGACGGCUUAUGCCUUGUACAAGAUGACCUGGACGAUGUAGUCCUAGGCAUUAACAUGAUGAACUCGAUCUAUCGAGGUUCAUAUUUCACAAUUGUUGCGGGCUCAGGCACAGAUGCUAAUGCCGGACUACCGGGAUUGGAACAUACUGAAGAAGAUGGCAGACGUGUACCACAGAUAAUAAGGGAGGUUGCACCAGGCAUCCACAUGACAAUCCUACACGGCAUCGACUGGCAUCUAAGCCGAUCUACAUACAACGAGAGAGGUUGGACGCUCCAAGAACUCGUUUUGCCAAAAAGAACAGUCAUCUUCAUCAACGGGCAGGUCUACUAUCGCUGUCAGGAGUCAAAUUGGAGUGAAGAGACGUGGGCCGAAAAGUGGAUCCAAUGUCUCGACGCAGAUGAUAGUAAUAUUAGUCGCAUGCCGGAUCCGGUUGAUGGCUUUCUUCCCUCCAUUUGGGCUUAUCAGAAGCUAUGCGAAGAUUUCUCAACCCGAAAUUUACGAAACGAUGGUGACGCGUUGCGCGCUCUUGCAGGAGUAACACGUCCAAUGGCAGCGGGUAUGGACUGUAUAAUGGUUGAAGGCCUCCCCGGGUAUUACCUCGACCAUUUCGUACUCUUUGUUGCAUCGCAUGGUGACUUGCGACGACGAGAUAGAUUUGCAAGUUUUUCGUGGGCUGGCUGGGAGGGACGGAUUAUGUGGCCACGAGAGAACUUCGUGUGGUUCAACGAAAAGGAAGACGGCACCACCGAGAGAGUGCAGGAUACCGUGAAUAUUUUCAAGCAUCUCAGGUACCAUCGGAUCGUAAGUUGGAAAAGCUUGGACGCCACGGGGAGUUCGGAAGAUUUAUCAUUCCGACCCUACGAGCUACCGUCCUUGCUGUUAGAGGUGAUACAGCAGUUCCCAAGCCUCUUUCAUCCCACUACGUCAGAAACCGACCCUUUACGGGAUCCGCAAUUCGAAACACACCGCAUAUUCUCUCAUAGCAGCGGUUCCUCCGGGGGCGUACCUCACUGGGAUCGUAUCCGCACUGGUUACAGUUUCGGUUCUAAAUGGGAAAACAGUUCAGUGGAGGCCGAGCAGUCAGGUGCCUUGCCUGGCUUUAAUAUCAAAGCUCUGGACUUAGCUAACGGUAAAUCUGAGUUCAACAGGCUUGUCUCUCGGAUAGACAAUAUUCACGAGAGUCUAGCACUUAUGAAUUGGAUGGCGGGUCGCCAUGGUCGUGUACGUCGCGCACUGGAAAACAGAACAGUCAUAGGUCGGCAGUCUCUUUCGCACGAUGACGAAUUAGAACUCAGCAGCUUUCGAAACUCACGAGACAUGAGUCUUGCUGAUGAAAAAGGUGCUUCUGGCUGGAGGGAUCGGCGGAUAGAAAACGGCAGAGGGGCCAUGGAAAGGCAAAAGCAGGAGAAUCCAAAUUUCUCUAGAAAGACUGUUGAUAUACCUGCAUUCCCGCCUUACACGGUUCUCGACUUCAUCACCAUAUCCUUGCACCUGCAAACCGGUACCAACACACCACAGCACAAUCAAAAUAUCAAAUCGCAUUCUCACAAAUCCCCAUUUGAUCGUAUUUCUGGAACUCCAUUGCUGUCAAAGAAAGGUCAAAUUGUCGGCUCACUCCAUCCCGAUAACACCCAUCUCAUGGAGCCACCAGGUUCUACAAUCGAGUUGCUUCUCAUUACUCGCAGCCACACGCCAACUGUCAGCUCAGCACUAUUCCAGCUAGACAAGGUUGAUACGAAUAAGCCCAUGAAGUUGUUUUGGGUGCUACAUGUCAUCUGGAAAGACGGGAUUGCAGAGCGCCGGGGAGUUGGGCAGAUACUCCAGUCAGCUCUAGAGGACGCUUUCGAGCCCGCCCCUUGUGUUAAACCGAUUUUCCUUGGCUAAUGUAUGCUGCACUGGUACCUCACCAUCCAUACGAAAUAAAAAAGGCAUGUAAACUAUGGUUUACAACACAAAGGCCUAUUCACGC